GCUGAUUGGUGAAUGGGCGUGCAUUGGCUGCCUCUCGUAGGCACAGUGACUCUGGCCCAUGUAAUACUAAGUAUUAGGUAAGCAGUGGUGCCUGUGUUUGGCUCCUCCGUCUCUUCUGCUUGUCGCCAUGUUUACGGAAGUGACGCUCCAGUCGAAGUGCUGUUGAGGUUGAGUGAGGUGCGGGGCUCGAGAGCUGCGGCAGGUAAAACGUCACCGGCGGAGAGGAGGCAUGGGUCACGUGACUGCUCAGGAACACCUGAGAUCUAUCAAGUUUGACUGAUUUUCUUUUUCGUAUGGAUGUUUUACUGGCCGAGGUAUUUUUUUUCGGAUCAGAACAUUUUCCAGAGAUGGCAGAAGACCAUGAGGUUUUGAAGCCAGACCAUGUAUCCAAGGAACAAUCACCUGCACAAAAUACCUGCAAAAUAUACACAAGUGUCAGGCACUCACAGACAUUACUUAACGGUCUAGUAGGUCUCCGUGAUGCCGGCAUAUUGUUUGAUGUGGUCCUCAAGUUGGAGGGAAAGUGUUUGGAAGCUCAUAGAAUCCUCUUGGCAGCAUCUUGUGAUUAUUUCAGGGGGAUGUUUGCUGGAGGGUUGAGAGAAAUGGACCAGCACGAAGUGCAGAUCCAUGGCAUAACAUACAGUGCAAUGUGCAGGAUCCUGGAUUUCAUAUACACAUCUGAGCUGGAGUUGGGUGUCCACAAUGUGCAGGAAACGCUGGCUGCAGCUUGCCAACUUCAGAUCUCUGAAGUUAUUGAUUAUUGCUGUGAUUUUCUAAUUUCCUGGGUGGAUGAAGAAAACGUGGUGGAGGUAUACAAACUGGCUGAGCUAUUUCACCUGAAUCAACUUAGUGAAGAGCUGGAUGCAUUUGUUUUGAAAAAUUUUAUUACAUUCUCACGCACACAAAUAUACAGGCAGCUUCCUCUGGAAAAAGUGUACUCUCUACUCAGCAGCAACAGUUUGGAGGUGGGAUCAGAAAAUGAAGUUUAUGAGGGAGCUUUACUCUACCACUACACCUCAGAGCAGGUGGAAACGGAUCAGGUGAGCCUGACGGAGUCUCCAAAGCUACUUGAAACUGUACGCUUCCCUUUGAUGGAGCUGCCAGUCCUGCAGAGGCUACAUGACAAGCUGGGGCCGUGUCCCCUCAAAGUGACAGUGUCUGGUGCUCUGGAAUAUCACAAGAAUGAAAUCAUGCAGCCGGUGCUACAAGGGCCCCACACACAUCUGCGCUCCGAGUUCAACUGCAUAGUGGGAUUUGGAGGAAUGUUCUCCACCCCUUAUACUGUACUGAGUGAUCAGGCCAAAUAUUUGAACCCUCUGAUUGGGGAAUGGAGGCCACUAACAGCCCCUCAAGCCCCACGCAUGUCAAAUCAAGGCAUUGCAGUGCUCAAUAACUUUGUCUAUUUGAUUGGGGGAGACAACAACGUGAGGGGUUACCGUGCUGAAGCACGAUGUUGGAGAUAUGACCCUCGGCACAAUCGUUGGUUUCAGAUCCAGUCCAUGCAGCAGGCCCGUGCUGACUUGUCUGUGUGUAUUAUGGGAAAGUAUAUCUAUGCAAUAGCAGGCAGGGAUUACCAUGAUGAGCUGAAGGAGGUGGAGAGAUAUGAUCCAUACACCAACUCAUGGGAAUAUGUGGCACCACUUCAGAAACAGGUGCAUGCACAUGCUGGGUCAGCACUUGGUGGUAAGAUGUACAUAGCUUGUGGAAGGCGAGGAAAUACAUACCUGAAGGAAACUUGCUGUUAUGACCCAGAAAAAAAUCAAUGGACAUAUGUAGCCUCUGGGCCAGUAAGAAGGGCAUGGCAUGGCAUGGUGUCUCUUCUGGAAAAAACAUAUGUGAUUGGAGGAAGCAACGAUGAUGAGGGCUUUCGACAAGAUGUCCUGGAGGUUGCAUGCUACAACCCAAAAACAGACCAGUGGUCAUUAAUGUGUCCCGUGCCUUCAGGGCAUGGAGAGCCUGGAAUUGCCGUUCUAGACAAGAAAAUUUAUAUCCUAGGAGGCAGAUCACACAACCAAGGAGGUCGCAUGGAUUAUGUACAUAUAUAUGAUGCAGUCAGGGACUUAUGGGAGGAUGGACCUCAGCUGGAGGAUGACAUCUCAGGCAUGGCAGCCUGUGUGCUUACACUUCCCAGAUCUGUGCUCGUUGAUGCUGACGUUUGGACACAAGAGAUGUACAUGCAUUAUAUGGACAGAGUGCAGCAUCCACCUGACAAUGCAUCUGAAGUCAUGAGUGUGUCAGACUGGGAGGACUUGGAUAAUUCUGGUGAAGACUGACAUCACCUGAUAAGACUGCUUUUGUAAGCAUGUUGUUCAUGCAUUCUGCCAUUUGGUUCGAGACAAGUGCAAUCUUCACAUUUGCCUUUUAACUGAUUUUUACCCAUUUGUUGCCUCAUCCCAAUCAUCAUUUUGAUUUUUGAGAUUCCUUUUGUGCAAACUGUUUUGUUUUUCUGUACUGGAAAUUAAGCAAGGUAAAACUUCUUUUUUUUUUUUUUUUUUUUACUUCUAAAGUAUAGUGCCAUUUACAUCUACAUGUAUGCUUGUAAUGGUUUUAUUUGUUUCAAUGUCCUAAUACUUUGCUAGACAACUCAGCAGAACAAUCCUAGCACUUUGCACAGUGACCUAGAGCACUGAGAUCUUUCACAAUAAAUGCAAAAAAUUGCA